AUGACUUCUACCAGCAAUGUGACUGAAAUAAUUUUCUUGGGAUUUUCUCAGAACCGGAAUGUGCAGAAGAUCAUCGCUGUGGUGUUUCUCCUCAUGUACACAACCAUUGUGCUGGGCAAUGGCCUCAUUGUGGUGACCAUUGUGGCCAGCAAAGGCCUCACCUCUCCCAUGUACUUCUUCCUCAGCUACCUGUCCUUUGUGGAGAUGUGCUACUGUUCUGUCACCGCCCCUCGGCUGGUCAUAGACUCCUUUACUGAGAGGAACGUCAUUCCUCUCAAGGGCUGCAUAGCACAGAUCUUUUUCCUCCAUUUCUUCGGUGGUACCGAGAUCUUUCUCCUGACGGUGAUGGCCUAUGACCGCUACGUGGCCAUCUGCAAGCCCUUGCACUACAUGACCAUCAUGAACCGGCGAGCGUGUGGUCUCCUGGUGGGGGCCGCCUGGGGUGGGGGCUUGCUGCAUUCUGCCGGUCAAACCUUCCUCAUUCUCCAGCUACCCUUCCGUGGCCCUAACGUCAUUGACCAUUACUUCUGUGAUGUCCACCCUGUGUUGAAGCUGGCCAGCUCUGACACCUUCCUCAUUGGCCUGCUAAUCAUUGCUAAUGGGGGCUCCAUCUCCGUGGUCAGCUUCGCAGUGCUGCUUGUUUCCUACGUGGUCAUCCUGCAUUCACUGCGGGGCCAGACCUCAGAGGGGCGGCGCAAGGCCCUGUCCACCUGUGCCUCUCACCUUGCGGUUGUGGGCCUGUUCUUCAUACCCUGCUCCUUUGUUUACAUGAGGCCAUGCGUCAGCCUCCCUGUGGACAAGAUAGUGGCCGUGUUUUACACAGUGGUCACACCACUCUUAAACCCCAUCAUUUACUCCUUCAGAAAUGCUGAAGUGAAGAACGCCAUGAGGAGACUGAUGGGGAGGAAGGGGGUUUGGGAAGAGAAGUGGAUGAGGGAGCAGGGGUGA